AAAAAAAGUAGACGGGCCCAGCCCCAUGAGCUGCCUACGACAGCGGGUACGGGUGGGGAUUCCUUCGUUCUUCUGCGACCUUGCUGCGAGAGGUUCCGCCGGCGCCGCCGCUCUGUCCAUUCCCCAUUCCCCAACUCCGGCGCCACCGCCCCAGAUGGAUAGGAACACGACGGUGGGAAACGAAUCCUCGGCCGCCUUCCUCACCAUCGCCGCGGAGGAUCUCGCCUCCCCGUCCCCAUCCCCGACUCCGCCGUCUGCGCCGCGGUCGGCGUCCUGGUCGUCCUCGCCAUGGACGUGGCCGACUGCUGCUGCACCCUUUCCUUGACCGGGGAGAUCCGGGAGCAACUCGACAACGAGGAAGGCGCGGGCCACGGCCGGCGCCCUUCUCCUCCUCGUGCUACGGAGAGCGACCCGUGGCGACCGAGCCGACGGAUGGGGGCGAGCGUUCCGAGCGAAGGCGAGGCCAGAGCUUGAUGGGUGCUCCUAAUGUCCUCUCGGCGACGGCCACCGCGGCUGGCCAUGUUCAACGCCCUAGCACGCCGGCGAGGUGCUUCCGGCCACCAGUACGCGCUGGCGGCGACGCGAGCCACGGAGAUGGCAUCCGGCGCAGCGCCUGGGCUACCUCAUGUGUCUCCCGCCACGGCGACCACGAUGCAGGUACUACUCGUCCUCCUGGAUAGGUUUCCGGCGCGUCGCCUUCUCCUCGUCUCUGUCUUCUGUGGUGAUUAUUUUUCCAUCUUGAUUCAUAUUUAUUUAAGUUAGCUACUGUUUCCAUUUCUCAUUUGGUCUUAGUGACCAGUUCUAAUUUUUGAUGUGCACACACCGUAUUUCAGGGAUAUCAAAGCAUAUAUGCUUUAUUCAGGUAGUCAGGUGAUUAAAAAGCUUCCUUCAGGUAUAGCUUUACAAUGGCUUUGUCUAUGUAUUAGCUGGUGUGUUAACUUUGUCGGCAUUCAACUUAUGGCCUUGUCAAAUUCUAUCAUAUAUCAUCUUAUGUCAGUGAACAAAUUUGUAGGUUUGGAAAGGUUUUCUGAUGGUAAUUGGCUGCUCUACGUAUUAGGAGAUGACAAUAAGGUGUAGGCAUAUGUUGCGUCCUUUCUUGAGUUAUUUACUAUUCGUCUCAGCUCAUAACUACUUGUGAUUAGCAAUAUAGAAUAAAUCUUAUAAUUUGUUUUCUACUAUCUGCCAAAGAAACGCGCUUACCACUUUACCAGUUCAUUUUUCUUUUAUCAUAUAGCCAGUUAUAUCAUGUAGAUCGUUGACACCAUGCAAACUUUCUGAUUUCAAACACAAAGACAACAAUACUGGCAAGUGGUUGCAGUGGUCAACAUAUCGAUGUCCUUCUUGUAUUCGAUUUGGCAGCAGAGUUUUCUAUAACAGCACUGUGACAUUGGAUUUGGCAGAAUGUGAGGUAGUGUCAUGCUAGAAGUGCAUGUAAAAUUAAAUUAACCAUGCGUAGCAACUUGUGUUGCUGAUGAUUCUACCAAACUGAACUUCCAAGUGAUUUUUUUAUGAGAGGAAAGCAACAUUUUUGUCGUACUUGCAUGGAAGUUAGGGGUGCGUGGAAGUUAGCUAUCCACGUUCCGGAACUAUGACUUGGCUUCGAGAUCUUAUGGGUUUCAACUCUAGCCUACCCCAACUUGUUUGGGACUGAAAGGCUUGGUUGUUGUUGUUGUUGUUGUUGUAGGAAAGCAACAUGUUGGAUUUAGGUAAGGACCGAGCAUCCAUGUAUAUAGCUGUGAUCACCUGGAUAAUCUGCUCAUUUUUGUCGUACUUGCCGCUUCCUAUAGUGCAUUCUAAUGUAGAACCAAUAACUAGUGCCACAGAAUGUCAGAAUCUAUAAACAGUUGCACCAUUUCAUCUUUUCGUCCUUACCGUUUACUCAUUUCAUCUUUUGUUCUAUAGGUCAUCACUACUCCCGUUUCAUGUCCUGUUUGCUACUAAUAUUCAAUGGACCUUAUCAUGUUGGCUCAAAGAGAAACCUGCUGUACAGUAAAGCAUAGCCGUUUGUUGGGUCAUCAAUUUUGCACAACAAAGGUUGUUCUUUUAUUAGGUCGUUUUUUUACUACUACGCAACAACGCGCGGGCAUGCUGCUAGAUAAGUAUUCAUGUGUCGUAGUUGGAGAGCGAGUAUAUUCAGCCCACUAUACCGCUUAGGGCAUAAUAUUUUUCAUUUAGAUGCAACUGACCAGUUGUUUGUACUUUUCUGUUUCUCACCUAUAGUGAGUGUUAUAAAGAGCAGCGUUGCACAUAGGAAAGGGGAACCAGGUUAUUUGUAUGUGGUACUCUGUACUAAUUUUCCUUGAUUUAAGCCAAUGUGUCGCUAGACGAUAUCUUGCUGAAAAUGGAAUUUGAUAAACUUGGGGUAGCUAUCCCAAUUUUAAGCUUGGUAUUGCUGAGGUAGGUCCAUUGCUAUAUGGGUGAAGUUAGUUCUGACUUCUGAGCAUGGCAUCCUUGGAAAAAUUCAGGUAUUUUACAACUGAUAAACCAUCAAGUUCCUGGAGGAGUGGUGCUGGCUACAUAUCAAAGGACGUGCUUUAGAAGGGUUUGCCAUGCCUACAGGAGGAUUCCCUUACUCUUUAUGAUUUAAGUUUCUGAAAUUUCUGUUUCAGAGUUUUAUUAAACACGCCGUGUGUAACCUUAGUGUUUAAAUUCAUGAUUUUUUAAUUGCUGACUCUAGCAUCGUUAAUUUAUUAUCAGUGAAGGAUACAUUGAUAGCAGUAAUUAUGUCACUGUUUGUUCAGAAUUUCUCCAAGUAACUGACAUCACCUCUUCUAUUCUGAGGAAGUGCUUGAAUUACCAUAUGCUGCAUGGUAGAUGUGGUAGAAGAAGCGUACACCCCUGUGUAUUGCGGCUGAUAGAUGCGUAGGAGCCACCAGCAAUUGACCUCGGAAAUUGAUUGCAAUAGUGUGCUCAGGCUGGACAAAUAUCCGACUUUGUUGACUAGAGUCUGAAGUAGGGCAGCAUGGUAUUUUUUAAGCUUUGCCCUCAAUUCUGUGUCUGAGAAAGUUGUGCAUACGUCUCUCUUCUUAGCAAUGCGUGUUAAAGUCUUUUUUCCAUAAUUCUCGCUUCUAAGUGCAUUACAACCUUGUUUGUACUAUAUAAGGCACACCGAAGCAGUUCAUAUGUAUGUAGUAGUCUGUCUGGUUAUAUGGUUUUAAUUUUGUACACUUAUGGAAGGAUGGUGCCCUCAUUUGUACACAAUUUGCACAUAACUUUAUAUGACAGUGUUGUAUAAUGCAUAAUCGAGACAGUCUUGAUUGCAUAAAAAAGUGGACGUUUCUCAUCACAUAAUAAAUAGAGGAUGAUGUUGCUUAAUGGUGUUUUUAUAUCACUUCAAUUUAGGGUUCAACUGUAAGUCUGUAAUAGCUGAUAACUAUUUUAUGUUUCCCGAAUUUUAAAUAUAUUGAUCAAUAUUACGAGACGUGCGUUGCACGUGCACCUUUACUAGUACAUAUAAACAAGCUUGGGAAUUGCUAUGCUUCUCUCCAAUGUUUACUCCGUUUUACAAUGUUUCGGACUAGUUGUUUUUUAUCGAGUUUGGUACUACUAGUAUUUACUUGAAUUUGUCAAUUCCGUUUGAUUGAAAAUUUUACAGGUAAGUUAGUUAUCUUGUUUGAUUCAGAAUAUUCUUUAUCUUACUUUUGGAAUAGUUCAAAUUAUCAUUAAGUUAGUAUGUAAAGGGCAAAACGAUUCAGAUAAUUCACGGUAGAGAGCCCCACAUAUGGAUUAUGGAGCAAAUAGAGGGAGUAAACAAACGUGUAUUAGAUAAUUAAGUGCAGCGGUGCUUCAGGGUUUGCACAUGGCAAGCCCAGCCUUAAUCUAGCAUCGGAUCAAACAAGUAAACAGUACAAAUAAAAACGAUGUGAUACUGCCUUCGCAAUUUCUGAUCGCCUUAAUUAUGCAGGCUGGCCCUUGCUGAUUUUUCUGAACAUCAAGGAGUGUGACAUGCAUGCUACUAUAUGGCUACCUAGGUGCCGAAAGAAAGAAAAAGUGUACAGAGAGUGAACUUUCAGAACCCGGCGGUAUGUGAACCUGCACUAACUCGGUCUCUGAUUGGUCCUGAAAUGUCAGUAGGGCCCACUACUGGAGGUGAUAGUUUGUGUAUCGUUGUUUAAAGUAGAGCAGAAUACAUCCGUAUGGGUCCACUUUGUAGAGGGGAUGAUUAAAAAAAGGGGUGCCUCUACCAGAUUCUGCAGCCCAGUUUCGAGCUCGUCGAUGGUCCACCGCCGCGCGCGUGCAUGCAGGGAAGCGGGCCGCACCGUCCCGAUGGUUCACCGCCGCGCGGCUCCACGGUGGAGCUCGUCGUCGGCGCCUAUGUCCUUGCCGGCUGCCUCAAGGUGGUCGUCGUCCGCCCCAUGGACUUGCCCCGCCGCUCUUCUCAUCCCCAUGGGAGGCGGACAGUAGCGCGGGCAGUGCAUCCUUCGAAGGACUCCUUCCUCGUGCUCGCCGGGUCAGCGCGCGCCAGUAGCACCAGCUUCUCCACCACGGACGCGUUCCGGCCAUGCCUGCGGCAGUACGUGUGCACGAAUGCCAGGUUGAGGACCGCGGCGGCGGCGUUCUCCUUGGCGCGCCCCGUCGCGCCGCCGGGGCCCAUGGAGGGUGUCAAGGUGGGAUCCCAGUGGGAUGUCAUUUUGUACUACAAGUGGGACAAAAGUGGGAUCCCACUUGACACCCGCCGUCAGCGUGCACGAAGGCGUGGGGAAGCUGCAACGGUGCCAGGUCGAAGUGCACACACCAUCGCAACACCAUGGCUGGGGUCCGAGUUGCUCGCUGCGGUUGGUGACUACGCGCUGACCAGGAUCGUCGUCUCGAUCGAAGCCUCCAUGCCUGCGCGGGCAGGGCAGCGGGCCGCGCCGUCCCAUGGUCCACCGCCGCGCGGCUACAUGGCCGAGCUCGUCGUCAUCGCCUGUGUCCCGGCCCCGUCUCGGACAGAGGUGAUGCCUAGCGCCCACCUGGGGCCUCGUUGGCUGCCUCGAGGUGGGCGUCGUCCCCCCAUGGCCCCGUCCCGGCGGUGGAGGAAGGUCAGGGCCCGCCAUCAUCUUCUCUAGGCGCGCGGUGCAGCCAUCGAGCAGGAAUCGAGGAGAUCGGGACUCGGGAGAGCCACGGUGGCCGGCGUCCAUCCCCGCCUCGAUUGGAAGGAGGCGGCCGGUUUUUCCACUCGAGUACACAUCGCAAGCCACACAAAAAAAAAGUACCCAGAAGAGGCUGAACGACCCGUCAUUCUUGCCGGGUGCUCCACCCACUCGAGCUCCGCAGCGGACUGCUCGGAAAAAAAAAGCGCGUACACUGCCACGGAGAGGAGCGCGAGCACGGCGGCCAUGGAAGCGAGGCUCCUCAUUUCCUCAAUGCCAUGAAUUGAUGAUGGUUGGACGAGAAGACGGCAGCAGUGGGGUGCAUAGACAAAUUGGAGAGGAGAGUGGAGAACCGCCGUCCAGUCCGAAAAAUCUCCCGCCGCUGCUCGCCGUCUCCACGCCGAAUUUUAGAGGUCAACCCUUCACUUGGAAGAGAAUGGAGAGAGUGCCUACCGCCGGUAGAGAGGCAGAGAGGAUGCAGCCUAUUCUUGAUGAUCUUUUUUUUGAACUCUAUUCCUGAUGGUUGAUGAGACGAUGGUCGUGGUGGGCCAACGGUUUUUUAUUUACGUGUCUGUUGUGGUCCCUUUUAUGCACAUGUCCCUGUAUUAAUACCGUCUCUAACGUGCAAUACACAGAUGGUCCUUUGAGAAGGUUGUUAA